CCACCCGGAGCCCCCCGGAGCCCCCACCCCCCCAGACCCGGGAUGCUGUCGGUGCUGUGGUUGCUGUGGUCGCUGGCCUGCCGCCCGGCGGGGGCCCUGGAGGUGCCCACGGAUGGGAACGCGGGGCUGCUGGCCGAGCCGCAGGUGGCCAUGUUCUGCGGGAAGCUCAACAUGCACAUGAACGUGCAGAACGGCAAGUGGGAGGCCGACCCGGCUGGCACCAAGACCUGCCUCGGCGCCAAGGAGGGCAUCCUACAGUACUGCCAGGAGGUGUACCCAGACCUGCAGAUCACCAACGUGGUGGAGGCCAACCAGCCCGUGACCAUCCAGAACUGGUGCAAGAAGGGACGGCGACUGUGCAGGAGUCACCCCCACAUCGUCAUCCCCUAUCGCUGUCUGGUGGGCGAAUUUGUCAGUGACGCGCUGCUCGUGCCUGAUAAGUGCAAGUUCCUGCAUCAAGAGAGGAUGGAUGUGUGUGAGACCCAUCUCCACUGGCACACCGUGGCCAAAGAGACGUGCAGCGAGAAGAGCACCAACCUGCACGACUACGGCAUGCUGCUGCCCUGCGGCAUCGACAAGUUCCGCGGCGUGGAGUUCGUGUGCUGCCCCGCGGCCUCCUCCGCCUCCUCCGUCGCCUCCGCCGCCGCCGCCGGGGACGUGGACUCGGCCGACGCCGAGGAGGACGACUCGGAUGUGUGGUGGGGGGGCGCGGACGCCGACUACGCCGACGGCAGCGACGACAGGGCCGCGGAGGAACGCCCCGAGGAGGAGCAGGAAGAGGAGCGGGCCGGUGCGGAAGACGACGACGACGACGAGGAAGAAGAGGAGGAGGAGGAGGAGGACGGGGACGAGGCGGAGGACGGCGGCGAGGAGCGCUUCGAGGAGGCCACGGAAAGGGCCACCAGCAUCGCCACCACCACCACCACCACUACCGAGUCGGUGGAAGAGGUCGUCCGAGUUCCCACCACGGCGGCCAGCACCCCCGACGUCGUGGACAAGUACCUGGAGACCCCCGGGGACGAGAACGAGCACGCCCACUUCCAGAAGGCCAAGGAGAGGCUGGAGGCCAAACACCGCGAGAGGAUGUCCCAGGUCAUGAGGGAGUGGGAAGAGGCAGAGCAUCAAGCCAAGAACCUCGCCAAGGCCGACAAGAAGGCGGUCAUCCAGCAGCAUUUCCAGGAGAAAGUGGAGUCUCUGGAGCAGGAGGCGGCCAACGAGCGGCAGCAGCUGGUAGAGACGCACAUGGCGCGGGUGGAGGCCAUGCUGAACGACCGGCGCCGCGUCGCCCUGGAGAACUACAUCACCGCCCUGCAGGCCACGCCGCCCCGGCCGCGGCACGUGUUGAAUAUGCUGAAGAAGUACGUGAGGGCCGAACAGAAGGACAGACAGCACACCCUGAAACACUUCGAGCACGUGCGCAUGGUGGACCCCAAGAAGGCCGCCCAGAUCCAAUCCCAGGUGAUGACGCACCUGAGGGUCAUCUACGAGCGCAUGAACCAGUCGCUGUCGCUGCUGUACAACGUGCCGGCCCUGGCUGACCAGAUCCAGGACCAAGUCGACCAGCUGCUUCAGAAGGAGCAGAACUAUUCGGACGCCGUCCUGGCCAACGUGCUGGGCGAGCCCCGGGUGAGCUACGGCAACGACGCCCUCAUGCCCUCGCUGAGCGAGACCAAGACCACCGUGGAGCUGCUGCCCCCCGUCGGGGCCGACUUCGGCCUGGACGACCUGCAGCCCUGGCACCCCUUCGGCGUCGACUCGGUGCCCGCCAACACGGAGAACGAAGUGGAGCCCGUGGACGCCCGCCCAGCCGCUGACCGAGGCUUGACCACACGGCCAGGCUCCGGGCUGACCAACAUCAAGACGGAGGAGAUCGCCGAGGUCAAGAUGGACGCCGAGUUCAGGCACGACUCCGGCUACGAGGUGCAUCACCAAAAACUGGUCUUCUUCGCCGAAGACGUGAGCUCCAACAAAGGCGCCAUCAUCGGCCUCAUGGUGGGCGGCGUUGUCAUAGCGACGGUGAUCGUCAUCACCUUGGUGAUGCUGAAGAAGAAGCAGUACACGUCCAUCCAUCACGGCGUCGUCGAGGUGGACGCCGCGGUCACCCCCGAAGAAAGACACCUCUCCAAGAUGCAGCAGAACGGCUACGAGAACCCCACCUACAAGUUCUUCGAGCAGAUGCAGAACUAGCCGCCCCCUUCCCGCCCCCGGCCGCCCCCCUUCCCGCCUCCCGCCCCCCGCGCCCCGGCGUCCCGGUCCCACCGUCGGCCGGCCGGUGACCGUCUGGACCGCGUUCCGGCCGGGACGCGGGAGCCGACACGCACUGUCUGAUUAUUUACUCGACGCCUUCGACAGCCGUGCUGAAUUCCUCGAGUAGACACCCUGAACCUGAAUUCGAGAUCAGCGCUGUGUCUUCUCUCCCCCCCUCCCUCCUUCCUUCCCCCGCCGCCGGUCCCCAUUUUGGCCUCCUCCACUUCAUUAUUCCUGAAUGUUUUUUGUGAAUUGUAAAGAGUUUCGCUGUAUUUAACUAUUGCAUGGACCCCCCCCGCCCCCCGGCCUCCCUCCCGCUCACGUGGUGCCCGUUGUAUAUUAUCCUUGUGGUUUGUGGCAAAAAAUCCGAUCCUAGCGGAGUCCCGCCUGACGAGCCGACGGCGUCGGUGGGCUCUUUAGCCGCCCCCCUCGGCGACGUUCCUCGCUUUCCUUUUUCCCGUCGCUCGGCAUUUGAGGGUAAAACGAUCUUUGGGGAAAAGCGUCCCGUAGGAAUUAUCCGGAGGGGUUUUCGUUGGGGUUUUUUUUUUGGUUUUUUCCCUUUUUUCUUCCGCCCCACCGCAGUCGCAUCUCACUGUACAGAAAGUUGCUUCUGCUGAGCUGGUGUUUGGUGCUGGACCUGCCCCGGUUUUUCGGUCCCCGCGGAUUCGCCCGCCUCAGACCUCUCCGGGCCGAUCCCCGCUAACCGCGUCCCGGCCCGGAUCUGCCCCGAGGGGUCGGGCCCGGGAGGGGAAUCCGGGCGGCCAGAGGCCCGGGCUUCCCACCGGGAUCUUCCAAAGUUUCGGCCGGAUGAUUGUACAGAGCCGUGGCUUCCUACACUGUGUUCCCCGAGGGAGGACGGGCCCGGGAGGAUUGGGAGGGUGAGAUUCCUCGCUGCGGGAUGGAGGUGACCGGCCCCCGUCGAGGCCCAGGCCUGGGCUCCGG